CUGCCCGGUGCAGGCAGCGGCAGAGCAGCUCGGAAUGUAUAACACCAAUAAUAUAGAACAAUCAUUCCGAGUAUUCCUUGCCUAAGUUAUCGCCAAUUUCGAAUGCCUCUGACACCUCGUCCCGUUGGCAUCACUCACAGCUGGAUGUCCCUCGGCAUCACCCCUGGUUAAUAAAUCAUGACUUUGGUUGCCCUAUCCCAGCACAUUCCCUUGUUUUCGUGCUCCAGUUUUGGCAAACAUAACCUCAGAGCAGGACGUGCUGGAUGGGGACGCUGCAUGAUAGCAUCAUCCAUUUGUCCACUGGUGUUACUCUGGGGUUUCUAUAAGGAAGCCAUAUGAAAAUAGUUGAAUAACCCUCUGUUGUCUAAAUCCCAGGCUUUGCCUCGACACCAAAACAACACCUUUCUGGACACAACUAAUAGAGGUCAGCAGUAAAUGGCCUUCCUCUCAAAGCUGAGGCCAACGUGCAAUACAGUGAAAGCCUCCACCAGCUCUCUGUGUUAUCGUUCCAAAACACAAAAUGUACCUUGUUCACACUCGUUGACCUUCCAGCCCCACAUCUUUUGUUUGCAUCUCUCACCCUUUGCUCAGGCCUCUAUUACUCUGAUAGAAAAAGCAACAAUGACAGCAGCCAAACCCAACCCCUGCCUUAGGUUGCCCUUUCCCUGCUGUGUCCCCAGCAACAUUGCAGGAACAGAUUUUGCUCACGGCCAUGGGCAAGCGUGAAUUCUCAAGGAAGCUGCCUUUGCAAAAAUCACUCCAGUUUGGAAGUGAAAAGGCCAAGAGUGCAUGCUCCCAGCCAGCCGGGUGCCAGGCCGAUGGCCUUGUCACAGCAAUGCCAGCCAGCAUGUAAGGGCGAUGGGUGGAAGUGAGUUCAAAUCCCUGUUGACAGCAUGACACGCAUGAAACACAUCUUGCUUCCAGCAGAGCAGGCAUGAGCUGUUGCCAAACAGCCUUUGAAACCUCAGCCUUGCCAUGCUGCUUGUAUUUAUGUAGUUUGCUCCAGCUCUGACAGUGAGCAGAGCUGUGCUCACUCAACCCAGACUUCUCACACACUUUUCUGCACCAGCUGGAAGUGGGGCUGAAUUUUCAGUAGCUGGAAAGAUUUCUGGUGGAUUUCUUCAGAUGGACUCUGAAAACCAGCAUCCCCCUGAAGUUCAGAUCUGGUUGUGGCAAUAGGCACUUCAUGCACCAACAGGACGUGCUGCUUCUAUUUGCAUAAAUUAAAUCAUACUCCAUCUAUUAAACAUUGACGGCUGAGUCAUGUUGCAUUGCACAGUCGCCAUUCAGUGAAAAGUAUCAAAAUGCUGAUAAGCUGACAGAUCGCUGCAGAGGGCAACUUGCUCAACUCUCGUUGAGUAUCAUUUCCUUUUUGCUGCAGGAGUUCCCACGAAGGCCCUGGAUACACAGGGACCACAGCAAUGCAGCCACCCUUGAUCUCAGCCUCAAAACGCUGAUACAGCAGCACUUCCAUUUCAGAGAUUAUUCCCAAACAAACAGAGGGAGGAAAAGAACUUUAAGCACCACUUCGCUACAUUUCAUUUGAUGCCAACUUGGUUGUUUAGCUUUUGCCUGUGAGACUCCACCUACUUUCCGAGUCCCCUUAAACCGCAUACAACAUCUAUCCCAGUGCAGCUCCUGCCCAGCACACCAGCAGAGCCGCGUCCCCGCAGUGCUGCGGAGCAGUUGGGCACCCGGCGCCUCCAAAAACCACCACCACACAAUGGGAUUCCCAUUGGAUUGGAAGGAUUUGUGGCUUGAUACAUCUAUCAGUAUCUCCUUGGCCCUCCAAUAAUCUAAAGGAAGAGAUUGCCUGGCACCGACUUGGGAAAUACCCCUCUUCCUAUUUUAAAGGAAAAAGGAGCGCAAGUGGGAAGAGUUCUUCUCUUGGUUCCGCUCUCCGCACGCAGGUUACAAUGCCAGGCAGGGAGGAGGGCCUCGCUAUCGAUCAUCUCCUCCUGGCACUCUGCUGCCUCACUCAGAAAACAAGAGGAGAGGACAUGAGACACCUCAUCCCAACGUGUUUUUAACGGCCCUUGAACCAUUGGAUUGAGGAUUCAUAACACCAACACUGACUGCAAGAAAGCACGCAGAUGCCGGAUGAUUUUGUUCUGUGCUUAGCUGGAAAGAAAAGAUGAGCACCUUUCCCAUUUCAAACACCAGCAACAUUUCACAGGCCGACUACCUCGAGGACGAUGACAACUGGACAGCAGUCACCCAGUUCACCCAGCCAGGAUGGCAGAUCGCCCUGUGGGCCAUCACCUAUUCCUUCAUCGUUAUCGCCUCCAUCAUCGGCAACGUCACCGUCAUCUGGAUUAUCCUGGCGCACAGGAGAAUGAGGACUGCCACCAACUACUUCAUCGUUAAUUUGGCCCUUUCUGAUUUGCUGAUGUCCGCUUUCAAUACCAUCUUCAAUUUUAUCUACGCCAGCCACAACGUCUGGUAUUUCGGCGAGGAAUUCUGCAGGUUUCAGAACUGGUUCCCCAUCACCGCAAUGUUUGUGAGCAUUUACUCCAUGACGGCCGUGGCAGCGGAGAGGUAUGUGGCAAUAAUUCAUCCCUUCAAGCCCAGGCUUUCUGCUGGAAACACCAGGGUUAUCAUUGGGAUAAUCUGGCUGGUGGCCUUUGGGCUCGCCUUCCCACAGUGCUUCUAUGCUGAGAUCAUGAUGGACAACGGGACAACAAAGUGCAUCGUUGUCUGGCCGGAUGACGUUGGGUCAAAGCACCAGCUCACGUAUCACAUUGCCGUGAUCGUGUUGAUUUAUUUACUGCCUUUAAUGGUGAUGUUUGUUACAUACAGCAUUAUAGGAAUUACUCUGUGGAGCAGCGCGGUUCCAGGCAACCAUGUUAAUCGAGUCCGAUACAAACAUCAAGUCAACGCCAAAAAAAAGUUUGUGAAGACCAUGGUGGUGGUCGUGAUCAUUUUUGCUGUCUGCUGGCUGCCCUAUCACAUAUACUUCAUCCUGGGGAGUUUCAAGGAAGACAUCUACCAGCAGAAGUAUAUUCAGCAGGUUUAUCUCACCAUCUUUCUGCUUGCCAUGAGCUCAACAAUGUACAACCCUAUCAUCUACUGUUGUCUCAACCAAAGGUUUCGUUCUGGUUUCAAAUUAGCAUUCCGGUGGUGUCCAUGCAUAAAAGCAACUGAGAAAGACAAGCUUAAACUCACAGCCCCAUCUCUCUGUCAGUCGACCCGCAGAAAGGCAAGAAGAUCAAGUUCCAACACUGAAACUCAAUUCAAUGAGAAAGAGAAGACCUCUCUUACCCUCACCCAGCAAACUCUUUGAUUUCUUCUGAAAAGCCUGCCCAGAACUGUUCUGAAUUCUGGGGUUUUCAGGCCUGCCACUUCCAUUCUCACCAAUUAGAAGUGAGAAAUGGUUCCCUAAAGAGUUAUCUUUGCAUGGAUUUCUAUAAGCUUGUACCAAAAUAUGAUGUAAUUUUCCUGUUAAACUGUGCUCAGGUGACUCCUCCACCUUCAACUCCUUCAUUGUGGCACCCAGUUGGGGACUGGCUCUCUGCGGAGUCACAGACAGGGUUGGUUGAGCCUGUGAGCUCCUGUCCCUGAGGAAGGUGCUCAGCAAUACCUGCUGUGGGCAGCUCCUUAGCCGCCACAUUGAGCAGCCAGGUUUGCAGCACAUGGUGUGACACAUGGGUGUGCAAUAGCCAUGGCAUCUCUGAGCUUUAUACUCUGAGGCUGCCUGUACCACAACCUCAGCAGCCCUGCCAGGUCCCCAUCACAGAAGCCCCUUUGUUGUCCCCUUCUAGACUUACCCAUUUCUGUCAUCACCGUCUUCCCUCCUCAGAUACUAAAAUAAAGGCUGAAAUGUGUCAUCUUCAAAGCCUGAGAUACGUGCACGUAUGCAAAACAGAAGCUGAAAUACAAAAGUGAUAUAUAAUGUGACACAGUAUUUUAUACCAUGUUAAUAAGUAGCACCUUGCAAUCCCCUUCACCCUUCAUGAUAGGUUUGCAUGUAGCAUUACAGAGCCAUACCUUGGCAUGCAGGAAGAUCCUACAACAUCAACAAGAUCCAAUUAUUUCAAAUUGGUCUAGAGGUUGU